AUGGCCCAGCAGUGGGACGACGCGCUGUCCAAGGCCCGGUUCGAGUUCCGCUGGGAUGACCAGUUCAACCUGGCCCUGGACCCGGACACGGCCCGCGACUACCACGACGAGACGCUGCCGGCCACGGGCGCCAAGGUGGCCCACUUCUGCUCGAUGUGCGGGCCCAAGUUCUGCGCCAUGAAGAUCACGCAGGACGUACGGGAGUACGCCAGGGACCAGGGCUUAACCGUGGAAACGGCCUUCGACAAGGGCAUGGAAGAGAAGUCCAAGGAGUUCCGCGAAGCCGGGAGCAAGAUUUACCAGAAGGCAUAG